GGCAUCAACUGUCAUCCUCUGGAUUCGCUCUUUGACCACAAGUAGGAUAUAUAUCACACGCGGAAUGUAUACCUAUAUGUAGUACACAAAAGAAAGGUCGCCGAUUUGCUUUUCGCCUUCUCUCGUCUAACAUUUGUAGAGACAAACCGUUAGGUCGAUAGCCGGUGAUGUGAGUGCAUUUUCCGCGAUAAAAUGGCAACGGUACUCGAACAGUUUGUAAAUAACGUCAGGACACUCUCUUCCGAAGGAAACUUUCGUGAACUGACCAAUGCUCUGAACAAAUUCAGCGAAGCCUUAUCCAGGAAUGUACAGCACCUCGACAAUGUUUUAGAAACAUUGGAUUUGCAGAACCACUCGCUGGGUAUUCUCGCGGUAUUAUGCGCAAAGAUCACUAGUUUUAAUGGAGGCAAUGGUACGUCGGAAAGCUUCAAACCGUUGUUCAAUCAGGUACAAGAAUUCAUUGUCGGUUGCAAUGGGGAGCAAGUUCGUUUUGCGCCAAUGAUGUAUGCAGAAUUAUGCCAUCAAUUCACAGACGCUCUUGUAGAGCAGCAUACGCCUAUGAGAGGGAUCGACUUGUUAUGUAGAGCGAUUAGAAAAAUUCAGUUGUUCGAUAGCCAGUUGACUUCUGUACACAGUGAUCUUUGCAAACUUUGCCUCCUUGCAAAGUGUUUCAAGCCUGCUUUGGAGUUCCUCGACAUUGAUAUUACUGGCAUUAGUGUGGAAGACGACGCAAAGAGCUUCUUACUCUACUUCUAUUACGGCGGAAUGAUCUACACAGCGUUGAAAAACUAUGAUAGGGCAUUAUACUUUUUUGAAGUUUGUGUGAUGACACCUGCAGCUGCAGUCAGUCACAUUAUGUUGGAAGCGUACAAAAAGUUUAUUCUUGUGUCGUUGAUAUUGAAUGGAAAGAUCUUAUUAUUACCCAAUUACACAAGUAACUUAGUCAAAAGGCAUAUAAAGAGAUUGAGUGCACCUUAUCAAGAAUUAGCCACAGCUUACGGUACUCACAGUUGUGAAGAAGUUGAGGAUAUCAUCUUAAAAUAUAAUGAUGUUUAUGCAAGGGAUAACAAUACAGGAUUAGUCCAACAAGUGCUUAGCUUCUUGUACAAGAAAAAUAUUCAAAGACUUACAAACACUUUCUUAACAUUAAGUUUGACUGAUGUUGCUGCUCGAGUAAAGUUACCAGGGCCCGCCGAUGCAGAAAAAUACAUAUUGAAUAUGAUUGAAGAUGGUGAGAUCUUUGCUACAAUCAAUCAAAAAGAUGGCAUGGUUAUCUUCCAUGAUGAUCCAGAAAAAUAUGACUCACCUAGAAUGUUGGCAAAAUUAGAAAAAGAAAUGGCAGAAUGCGCAGAACUUGGUAGAAAAGUAAUUGAGAUGGAAGAGGAAGUAAUAGUGACUCCACAGUAUGUCCGUAAAGCUUUAGGACAAAAUGAUCAAGACGACCAAGCAGCUGGUCCACCGCCUUCAAAUGUAUCAAAUACUCAGAGUCAACCAAGAAAUAACACGUACUCUAUGUAACACAAAUAAGACUUGUUCAAGUGAAGAUGCAAAAAUACGUCAUUGAUUAAAAGAUUUUGAACAGAAAUAGUCUAGCCUGUUUUGUAUGGCUGUCAUACUGGAUUUUGCUUAUUACAAAUAGCUUGAAUGGUAAUAUUUAUUAAACUAAUUUAUAUGCGAUUCAAAAUAGUGGAAUCUUGAAAUUGUUUGUAAGAGAGUUGAUAACCAGAGUUCGAAGAAUUUUUUCAGAUUAUAAUUGGUAUUAAAAUUGUAAUUUUUUGUCUAUUAAAGCUCGCUUGAAUAAUCAUAUAAAACAGGCUCGAUGAUUUGAGGGUAAAUUAAUUAGAAAUGUGAUAUCUAGUUACAAGUGAUUGUGUUACAUUAUAAAAACAGCAAUGUUUUUUCAUAAACGACUUUCACGACUUACCAAUAAGAAAAUCUGUUCAUAGGUUUUAAGUGGUAAGAGCAUAGGUUUAUGAAGAGUGUAACAUCUUUUAAGUGGGUAUAAAUGCCAAGCAACGCGAAAUUACAUUUAUUCGUGCAAAUCGGAGAAAAUUUGAUGCAUGAAAGAUCAAUAACUUGCACUAAAAUGUUUGUCUUCAUCGAAUCGAAAAUUCAUUUGUAUUCAAUCUUUUAAAAAGCUUUAAUUAAAGUCAACAUUAAGGUAUUUCGUUCUAUUUGCAUAUAGCAGUUUGAAAUUGCAUAAUUUUUUUACAACUUAUACAAAAUAUUUAAAUUAUAACAUGGUAAAAAAAAAUUCUAAAAUUUUGAAAAUAAUUAUUUCUUUGAAAAACAUAAAAAUAAAAAAUUUUUAUAAAAAUUAAAAGUAUGAGAGUAUUUUUCUUAAUUCAUAAAACAGGUUAGGUAGAGAAAAAUAAGUGCCAUUCGCUUUGCUUUAAUUCAAACAGUGUUUUAUUUCAUCAAUUACUUCAUCAGACAAUUCAUUUAUUGGUUUAGUUCCAUCAAGGAAUGUUGUAGUCUCAUUUAAAUUUUUGUUUGAACUUAUUUCUUGUUUAUGCCUUAAAUAUUCAGGCCAAACAACUUUAUCAAAAUACCCAGGCACAUCAGGAGGAUUAUAAACACGAUUUUUUCUUCUAUCCCAACACACUUUUUUAUCAAUAUCUAUGAAAUAUUUCUUGUCACAUAGGUCUGCUAUUGGUUUAUAAUUGUAAAGUAGAAAACCUUCUAUUAUCAAAAAUUUCAAUUUUUCGUCUGAUUCACCAUUCCUGAUAUCUUCAUUAGAAGUUUCAAUAAUAUUUUUUAUGUCUGAGUACAUUUUUGACAUAUCCAGACUUGACAGAAUUUCCCAAUUGAAGUGAUUGAGUUCUGGAAUGAGCACAUGUCUGGGAUCAUCUUCAGUUAAAAAAUAUGCAUCUUGAUUAAUAAGGAUUGAACCUUUAAUAUUUUCAUGCACUUUUUUAGCUACACUGGUUUUUCCACUGCACGUUGGUCCAGAAAUUCCAAUUAUUAGCCACUUCAUUUUUAAUGUUCUUGUCAAAAAUACACGAUUUCUUAA